AUGAUUGAGUUUUGUGUUCCUAUCUUGGAUCAUGAGAUCUUGCAACAGUCUCAUGAUCCAUGUGAGGUUGAAGGGGCCUUGCGCAUGAUUGGUGAACUAGAUCAACAGCUCACUAAAAGCAAGAUUAUCGAAGGUGUCAUCCAGUUAAUGUGUAAUGCCAAUGAAGAACUUCCUGUGAAAGUAGAAUGUGCUCUUGCAAUCCAGAGCUUCUUAGAGAACCAAGAAAGAGCUCAUGCAAUUGUCAAACCGCAUGUUCGUUCGCUCGUUCUUCAAAUCCUGGAAAUCGUGUCGAAGGCUCAAAUCGAUGAUGUGAUUAGCGUUGUAGACGAGUUGUUGGAGCAAUUUGUGGAAGAUAUCAUACCGGUGGCUUCCGAAGUAGCUGAGCAUCUGUCAAAUCUUUUCUUGGAAAUUCUUACUAGCGAUGAGAUCGACGAUAGGACUCCAGCCCUGAAUAGCAUUAUUCCUACUCUAACCAAUAUUCUUGACCUAGUGGAGGAUCAUCGAGAAAUUAUGGUUCAUGUGGAAGCAAGUGUCCUGAAGCCUAUUAACUGCAUCCUAACAGCAGGCCAUAUCGAAUUCUACGAGGAUGUCGUUGUUCUUCUACAAUCCCUUCUCCAAACGUACGUGAGCGAACCGAUGUGGGGUGUCUAUAACGAGCUGUAUAAAGUGUUCAAGACUACGGAUAGACAGUCUAUUCUACCGUUUUCUGAUAUUGCUCAUGUGCUACACAUGUACAUUGUUGUCGACAACGAAAGCUUUCUGGCUUUCCCUGAACGCAUGGCGGCCAUGAUUGACAUGUGCCAGAUGACACUCCAGGAUGAUGAUGCCGGCGAUGAAGAUCAUCUCUAUGCCGCGAAAAUACUGGAAACCAUAAUACUUGAAUGUGGAAGUCAUGCGGCAGAGGUUGUGCCUACUAUCAUUGUAAUGGUGUUGCGCCGUCUCAUGAAAGCUUGUACUAAAGAAGGCCUUUCUGAGCUCAGGCCGCUGCUGUUCCUUGUCGUAGUUGCUGCGAUGUACACAUGUACGGAAGUGUUUUUAAACUACAUUUCCCAAGUGUCUGACCCAAAUGAAAAUGUGCUGAACUACAUCCUAGAAGAGCUUGUCGAAACGAAUAAGAAGUUUGAAGGAAUCCACAACAGAAGACUGGCAUUGUUUGGAAUCUGUGUUCUUAUUCUGGUGCCGGCCCCUAGGCGUCCUUCUCUGGUUUCUUCUGAUCCCAAGAAGGUAUUGGAGGCAUGCUUGUGCAUUUUCGAUUCCCUCCAGCGUGCGCUAAAAUUGCAGGCGCAGAACCGCAAAGACGAAGAAGAAUCGGAUGAAGAGUCUGAGGCUGAAAGCGAUGACGAAGGUGACACUGUACCUAAUCCGAAGAAAGCAGGACGUCGUCGCAAGGUGCAAUCUGAACAUUUGUCAGAUGAUGAGGAUGAAAUUGAUGAGAUGUCACUGGACUACAUUGAUGCUAUGGCAAGAGAAUGCAGACGUGAAGCUGGUGACGGCGGAAAUGGAGAUGAUGGUGGCGAUUCUGACAGUGCCAUUGAGUCUUCAGAUUACCAGGAAACUGAUACGGAACAAUUCGCGACUAAGUUUGAUGAGGAAGAUGGACCUGAUGUCUUCAUCUUUUUCAAGGAAACAAUGGAACAGUUUGAAAGGCGUGAACCCGAUCUUUUUGCUGCGAUGGUUAGUAAUCUCACGCCCGAAGUAGCUGAAUCACUGCAAAACCUUAUAAAGGUUUGCGAACAGCACGUAAGAUCUGAGGAGUCGAAGCGUGUAGAACAAGCGGGUGGAUACAACUUCAACCCGACCGCGGCUGUACCAGCAUGUUUCAAUUUUACAAAGUAAAC